CCAACCACCCCCCCCCCCCACAAAAAAAAAAAAAAAAAAAAACGGAAAAAAACCCCCACCAACCCAACCUUCCACCGAGCUCUAACAAAACCCCGAUGCAACAAACACCGUGUCUGGGAGAAUAAAUUAAUCCGUCUUUAAACAGCCUGACUCAGGGGCCGGGUGACGAGGGAGCUUGUUUUCUUUUAAAAUAGGACGCGAGCGGGCUGGAUUUCUGUAAAAAUUGGCGAAAUGCUAACGGUAAUAGGAAUAGGGACGGUGGAGCGUGCAACCCCUCCCUUUGCCAACUGAGUCACAAUUUUCCCCCUUUCUGUCUGCGAAAGAAGGACUUAAAAACACCGCUGUUUAUGUAAUUCUGAAGAAAAUCCGGGCUACCAAAAACAAAAAUUAAAAAAAAAAAAAAAUCCUCCCUAUGCUUUUGUGAGCUGAGCCCUUUCAUGCCGGAUUGUUUUCUGAUGCCUCCUGCUCUUUUUGAGCUUGAAAACAUAACAUGUGUAAUUGCAGCAACAGCAGCAAAAAAAAAAAAAAAAAAAAAAAAAAAAAAAAAAAAGCCCCACACAUCACCUUUCUCAAGGUAAAAUAAUCCUCUUUGCACAUUCCCAGCGGCGGUCACUCGCUUACUCACUGUCCUCCUCGGAAUUAAACCCAAACCCAACCCGUGACACGAGUUUGAAAACCUGAGUUGAAUGAAUAAAUCCGCCAAGAGCGAGCACCAUUCCUUUAGAGAGGAAAAAUUAUUCCCUUGCAAGUACCGAGGGGCACACGAAGCCUCACAUCACCAACAGCAGGCAGCACAGAACAGUUUGUUGCCUCUCCUGAGCUCUGCUGUUGAGCCACCCGAUCAGAAGCCGAUUCUGCCCUUACCAAUAACGCAGAAACCUCAGCCUGCACCAGAAACGUUAAAGGAUGCUAUUGUUGGGAUUAAAAAGGAAAAACCUAAAACCUCCUUUGUGUGCACUUACUGCAGCAAAGCUUUCAGGGACAGCUACCAUUUGAGGCGUCACGAGUCCUGCCACACAGGGAUAAAGUUAGUGUCACGGCCAAAGAAAACUCCCACCACAAUGGUGCCCCUUAUCUCGACCAUCGCUGGUGACAACAGCCGAAGUUCAUUGGUUUCGACUAUCGCAGGCAUCCUGUCCACGGUCACUACGUCUUCCUCUGCCACCAACCCCAGCAGUAGUGCCGGCGCAACGGCUAUGGCAGUGACUCAGACGGUGAAGAAGCCCAGCAAGCCCGUUAAGAAGAACCACGCUUGUGAGAUGUGCGGAAAGGCCUUCAGGGAUGUCUACCACCUCAACCGGCACAAGCUGUCCCACUCAGAUGAAAAACCCUUUGAAUGUCCAAUUUGCAAUCAGCGCUUCAAGAGAAAGGAUCGCAUGACCUACCACGUGAGGUCUCACGAAGGUGGCAUCACGAAACCAUACACCUGUGGUGUUUGUGGAAAAGGCUUCUCGAGGCCUGAUCAUUUAAGCUGUCACGUUAAACAUGUUCACUCAACAGAGAGACCCUUCAAAUGCCAAACGUGCACUGCUGCCUUUGCCACCAAAGACAGACUGCGGACACACAUGGUGCGCCAUGAAGGAAAGGUAUCGUGUAAUAUCUGUGGUAAACUUCUGAGUGCAGCAUAUAUCACCAGCCACUUAAAGACACACGGGCAGAGCCAAAGUAUCAACUGUAAUACCUGUAAACAAGGCAUCAAUAAAACAUGCAUGAGUGAAGAGACCAGCAAUCAGAAGCAGCAACAGCAGCAGCAACAACAACAGCAGCAACAACAACAACAGCAGCAACAACAACAACAGCAACAACAACAGCAACAGCAGCAACAGCAGCAGCAGCAGCAACAUGUAACAAGUUGGCCUGGAAAGCAGGUAGAGACCCUGAGAUUAUGGGAAGAGGCUGUCAAAGCAAGGAAGAAAGAAUGUCAGUUCACCUUUGAGAAGGCUAUAGAGUACGUACCAUUCGAAGCUGCUAACUUGUGCCAAACCUCCACUGCUGCUACUACGCCUGUGACUCUUACUACUCCAUUCAAUAUAACGUCCUCUGUGGCUUCUGGGACUAUCACAAACCCAGUCACAGUGGCAGCUGCAAUGAGCAUGAGAAGUCCAGUAAAUGUAUCAAGUGCAGUUAAUAUAUCCAGUCCGAUGAACCUAGGGCAUCCUGUAACUAUAACAAGUCCAUUAUCCAUGACAUCUCCAUUAACGCUCACCACACCAGUCAAUUUACCUACCCCAGUAACCGCUCCAGUGAAUAUAGCGCAUCCAGUCACUAUAACAUCUCCCAUGAACCUCCCCACACCAAUGACGUUAGCUGGUCCGUUAAAUAUAGCGAUGAGACCGGUAGAGAGCAUGCCUUUCCUGCCCCAGGCCUUGCCCACGUCUCCUCCCUGGUAAAGAAUUUCUAAACAGUAUUAAAAAGGAUUAAAAUGGAAUCCUUACCAGCAGUUCUUUUUUUGGGUUUUGUUUGGUUGGUUUUUUUUUUUUUGUUGGGUUUUUUUUGUUUUGUUUUGUUUUGUUUUGUUUUGUUUUAGUUAAUAAUAAAUUCAGACUAAGACACUGGGGCAACAUGCACCAUCAGAGACCAUAGUAGCAUCUUCCCCUGUUGAUUUGGCUCAUAUGGUUCAAACUUGAGUUUCACUGGAGCACUUCAUUUAAAGUAAGUUUUACCUUUUAGCUGACUGAUGAUGAAUUAGAGCAGAUACUUAUUUGCCAGAGGUUUUUUUUUUAAAAAAAAAGGUCAUUAAAAAACAGUUUUAUGUUUUAUCCCCCAAAUUAUAACUUAGAGAAUUAUUUUAAUCUAAACACUAGCAAAGACCCCUCUGUAACUUUAACAGGGUGGAUGGCUAAUUUUAAUUUGCCAGUCGUUAAGUCCACUGUUUCUGAGCUAGUGUAGAAUCUUUGUCUGUGUUGAUGUUUUGUUUUUUUUUUUUUUUUUUUUUUUUAUUAUAAGUAAAUGCAUUACAAUGUUGUCAUUUAAAAAAAAAAAAUGCAUUUUGGAGAAAAUAUGCAUUUUACCUUUGGGAAUAUGAUAAUUUCAGGCAGCAUUCCCUAUGGGAAAGGUGAUACCAGCUCUGAUAUGCAAAGCAUAUGAUAACUUAUCAUUCUAACUUCAACAUAUAAUAGGGAUUGUGACCUGAUAUUUGGAGAUGUAAAUAUUACCCAACAUAUUACCCUAAGGGAAUAUAGCAUUGUAGUCAACAUUUUUUAAAAAAAAAAAAACUGUUACUGUUUGGUGAGAAACAGCCAUGGCUGACAGAAGAGGAGUCGCAAUGUAUGUAAACAUGGUCUCUGAACAGUCAGACCCCUAUGGGACUCUUAUCUAGGAGCAAAAGGAGUGCUUUGAAACUUAAGAAAUACUGCUUUAAGCUGGAAGAUUAUGGAGUCACUGGGUAUGAUUUUUAUGCCCUCUGACUCCCAAUCAGAGCCUGCUGGUGUUACAGCAGGGGACAGACGUGUUAGUUGUUCACUAGAAGUUUUGUCUUAUAUUAAAUUGUAUACAGUUUUUAUUCUAACCACUAACUAGGUAGGAUGCCCCUCCAGGACAAGCAGAGAGCGUCUUUUAAUUUCUCCCCUAUUUCUUAAUCAAGUGUUGUGCAAAUCUGUUCAACUUUGUAAAUAUUUGCAAACAUCAUCAUUUUUACGUUAUUCUUCUAUUGUGUUAACACAUUUCUAUCAGUUUGUGGGAGUUCUGGGAUGAUGGUUUGAACUAUCCAGCCCAGAAGUUCUCCACAAAUGGUCACACAUGUUUAAGCUACAUGUGCUUUUUAUUUCUUAACCUGUUUAUCUGUACAUAAAGUAGAAAGCAAAAUCUAGGGAAACAGAUAUACUUUUUAGACUAUCAUGUCACAUAUUCACGUUUUUAAAACUUUGUUUAAAAAAAACAACCACCCUAAACCCAAGACUCUACAUUAAAAAAAAAAAAAAAUAAAAUUACAGUUGAGAUGUUUUUAUCUUAAUGAAGUUGAAAGCUAUGGAGAUUAGCGUGUGCGCAUUUUCACAGAGUGCUAGCAGGACUGACUAGUCAAAAUGGACUGCUUCCGUUUCUACCCUGCCGUGUCAGUACAAGCAGUGAUUGCCAGGCUGCUGGCUCAGGUGACAGGUAUCUGUAUCAUUACGUGAAACUGUUCUAGGGGCUUGGACUACAUAGUAAAACAAAAACAAACAAAAAAAAAAAAUAGAGCUUAGUGUAAAAUAAUUUUAUAAAUGAUCUUUUGUACUUUAGGACAUCAAAUUGUACAACUUUUGUAUAUAUAAAAGCUUAGGAACUUUCUGUUUAGCAGAAAGGAAACACAUUCCUACACUUUUAAUGUAUAUGUUUGUUAUAAUGUCCAUGUAAACAUAUGCCCUAUGUUUGUGCCUUUUAAUUAGUUUGUCUCAAUAAACAAAAAUGUAGAGAAGAAUAUGUAGCUAUGACUUUGUUACCACUGUUCUGACUCCAGAUGUGUAGAGGUCUUCGUUUUUGCACUGUGUAGAGCAUCGCGUGCAGGCAGCUGCAUGACUUAGGCCGGUGCGGCCAAAACGAGGCAUGUGAGGCGAACGCAGCCCGGCAGAACUCCUUCCUCCCGUAGCGUAGAGCAGCCCGCGCUGGCGGGGCGUUGCAUGUUGGGAUGUGUAGUUUCCAAGCCAUCUCUGUUACCCGUGGCAACGAUACCAACUUGCACCGGUUUGACAUGGUAGGUGUAGCGGGUCUGGAUUUGGGUAAAUCGCAGAGAUGACCCUUAGAUGAAGUUUGGGUGUCCCUGAGCUUAAAACAAAGAAAAGCAUUAAAAGCCAAUAUGAAAAUGUGUACUAGAAGUGGUUAUCUAUGAAUUACUUACAAUAAACAGGUGUGAGACUUAAUUGUAUGUUGUCAAUUACUGUAGUAUUGACAGUGGGUCCUCCGUACAGCUAGCGUGCCCUGCUGAUGUUAUUUUUAUCCCAGCAGAGUAGCAGUAGAAUAAACACAUUAAACACCGGCAAGGAAAUUUUUCAACGUGACAGAGGCUUCCCAAACCACUAACCAUGGUGCUCUUAGCGUGGGAUAGGAAAAGGGCUGUUUCCUUUUUAUUUUAUGUUGGUUCUGCUCGAAUGUACCUGGUUUAUGUCCACAAAGCUACAUUAGCUAAUUGUCAACCUGUUUCAUUUGUACUUGGGUAAACAUUUGCUUUGUACUGUGUAUAAAUGGUUCCGAGGUGUGCUCCUCAGCUGUCUCAAUACAGACAUUAAUUUCACUUUGUAAUGCCAUCAUACGAAAUACAUUAAGCUGUUUUCUGACAAA